AGGUGCACCGGCUCCUUGACAUCCGGGUGCGCGCGCGCUCGCUCGGUGGCGGUGGCAACGGCAACGGCGCGCAAGUGCGGAGCUGCGGUCCGGCUUGUGGCUGCGUUUCCGCGUCUAGCGAUAGGAGGGAGGGAGAGAGAGAGAGACACACACACACACAGACAGACCGAGCAAGAGAAGGAGGAGAGCGAAGGGGAGAGACGCGAAGAGACGACGGGCAGCCGGUGCCCAGGAGGAUUGAGUCGGGCAGAGUCGAGCACCGCAGCGCCUUGCCCCGCCCCGCUCCUCAGCCCGCGGCCUGAGCGGUGCUGCCGGCCGCCCUGACAUGUGACGCGGGCAGCGGCACCAUGAAGAAGUUCAACAUCAGGAAGGUGCUGGACGGCCUGACGGCGGCGGCGGCCGCCUCGGCCUCCUCCUCCUCGUCGUCGUCGCAGCAGCCCGGCCAGCGGCCCGCCGACAGUGACAUCGUCGAGAGCCUGUGCUCCGAGCACUUCCAGCUCUGCAAAACUGUUCGUCAUGGAUUUCCAUAUCAACCUUCGGCCAUGGCUUUUGAUCCAGUGCAGAAAAUCCUGGCUAUUGGAACCCAAUCUGGAUCAUUAAGACUCUUCGGAAGACCAGGGGUGGAGUGUUACUGCCAGCAUGACAGUUCUGCAGGAGUAAUCCAACUGCAGUUCUUGAUCAAUGAAGGAGCCCUUGUGAGUGCCUUGGCAGAUGAUACCUUACAUCUCUGGAAUCUGCGUCAGAAAAGGCCUGCCAUACUCCAUUCUCUUAAAUUCAACAAAGAAAGGAUAACAUUUUGCCAUCUGCCCUUCCAGAGUAAAUGGUUGUAUGUUGGCACGGAAAGAGGGAAUGUACAUAUUGUCAAUGUGGAGUCCUUCACGCUCUCAGGCUAUGUCAUUAUGUGGAAUAAAGCCAUUGAACUAUCAUCAAAAUCCCACCCGGGCCUCAUUGUCCACAUCAGUGACAACCCAAUGGAUGAAGGCAAGCUUUUAAUUGGUUUUGAAUCUGGAACUUUGGUGUUAUGGGACCUCAAAUCAAAGAAGGGAGAGUACAGAUACAGCUACGAUGAGGCUAUCCAUUCCGUGGCUUGGCAUCAUGAAGGAAAACAAUUUGUUUGUAGCCAUUCAGAUGGCAGCCUUACUGUCUGGAAUGUAAGAUCUCCCAUUAAACCUGCACAGAUUAUUACACCACACGCAAAGCAGCCAAAAGAUGGAAAGAAGCCCGAGUCCUGCAAACCCAUCCUGAAAGUGGAAUAUAGAACAUGUAAAUCUGGAGAACCUUUCAUCAUUUUUUCAGGGGGACUGUCCUAUGAUACAGUAGGUAGAAGACCAUGCUUGACAGUGAUGCACGGGAAAAGCACUGCAGUACUUGAAAUGGACUAUCCAAUUGUUGACUUUCUCACCCUUUGUGAAACACCAUAUGCAAGUGAUUUUCAGGAUCCAUUUGCAGUUGUUGUCCUUCUGGAAAAGGACUUGGUAGUCGUAGAUCUUGGACAAAAUGGUUAUCCUAUAUUUGAGAACCCUUACCCUUUGGACAUACACGAAUCGCCUGUCACCUGCUGCGAAUAUUUUGCUGACUGCCCUGUUGACCUAAUUCCUGCACUUUAUUCUGUAGGGGCAAAGCAGAAGCGGCAAGGAUACAGUAAAAAGGAAUGGCCUAUCAAUGGAGGUAAUUGGGGUUUGGGUACCCAGAGCUACCCAGAGAUAAUUAUUACAGGGCAUGCAGAUGGAUCACUGAAGUUCUGGGAUGCUUCAGCUAUAACGUUACAAGUUUUGUAUAAGAUGAAGACAUCCAAAGUAUUUGAAAAAUCUCGAAAUAAGGAGGAAAAACCAUACACAGAUAUAGUGGAUGAAGAUCCUUAUGCCAUCCAGAUAAUCUCAUGGUGUCCUGAAAGCCGAAUGCUUUGUGUGGCAGGAGUAUCGGCCCACGUAAUUGUUUACAAAUUCAGCAAACAGGAAGUGACAACAGAAGUUAUCCAGAUGCUUGAAAUACGAUUGCAUUAUGAAAUAAAUGAUCUUGAAUCACCGGAGACUGAUCAAAUACCAACAGUAGGAAUUUCAUGCCAGGGGUCAAAUUCUCAGACUGCAAACUCUCAGUCUCACCCUUCUACAAGCAGCACGUCUUCAGAUGGCCUCCGUGAUAAUGUGCCCUGCCUAAAAAUUAGAAGUACUCCAUUAAAACAAGCGGGAGGCUACCAAGCUGAAGUAGUCAUUCAGCUAGUUUGGGUUAAUGGUGAACCUCCACAACAGAUAACCAGCCUUGCAGUCAAUUCAUCAUAUGGACUUUUGGUGUUUGGGAACUGUAAUGGUAUUGCAAUGGUUGAUUACAUUCAGAAGACUAUACUUUUAAACCUGGGCACAAUUGAACUCUAUGGUUCGAAUGAUCCUUAUCAGAGGCAACCAAAGUCCCCCCGCAAAACCCGACAGGCCUCGGGAGGUCUCUGUGAUAUCAAUGAGAGUUCUACAGUUCUGGAUGACCGCUGCAAGUCUCCCACAUCAGGUUCUGCUUCCUCGUGCAAUUCUGAAGAUGAUCAGAAAUUGCAUAACUUUAUAGAAAAGGUGAAAAUCAAAAGCAGAAAACUUUCCAAGAUCGUAGUAUCUGACAUAGCGAAGAUGUCGAGAAAACUAAGCUUGCCAACUGAACUGAAGCCUGAUUUAGAGCUUGGAGUUGAAUCAAAGAACAGAGCCCAAGGCAUUAAUCAUCACCUGGAAAAGAGGCAACUUAAAAAUGAUGGUUGGAGUAUGACCUCUCUGUACAUGCAUUUCACUCAUGUGAAAGACAACUCUUUCAGCCGUUCCCGCAGUUCCAGUGUUACCAGCAUUGACAAGGAGUCCCGAGAGGCCAUCACUGCUCUUCACUUCUCUGAGACUUAUACUCGAAAGGCAGACACGUGCACCUCACCUUGUUUGUGGGUUGGGACGACUCUUGGCACCGUACUGGUGAUAGUACUGAAUCUGCCACCUGGUGGAGAACAAAGACUUACCCAGCCAGUCAUUGUAUCUCCUAGUGGGACUAUAUUGAGACUAAAAGGAGCAAUUUUGCGAAUGGCAUUCUUGGACACCACAGGAAGUCUCAUCCAUCCAGCACAUGAUCCUUGGAAAGAACCAAAUAUUCAGGAGGAGAAAGAUGAGAAAGAUAAAUGUAGGAAACUGAGACCUGUAUCUGUCUCCCCUUCAUCCUCUCAGGAAAUAAGUGAAACCCAAUAUGCAGUGAUAUGUUCAGAAAAGCAGGCAAAGGUUAUCUCACUGCCAUCCCAAAACUGUGUUUAUAAACACAACAUAACUGAAACAUCGUUUGUUCUUCGUGCUGAUAUUGUGGGACUGAAUGGGAGCACCUGCCUUGCAUGCUUCUGUGCCAAUGGACAUAUCAUGACAUUCAGCUUGCCAAGUCUUAGGCCACUGCUGGACGUCAAUUAUUUGCCACUGACCGAUAUGCGAAUAGCUCGUACUUUCUGUUUCACCAAUAACGGGCAAGCUCUAUAUCUGGUUUCACCCACUGAAAUCCAACGCAUCACCUAUAGUCAGGGAACAUGUGAGAAUUUACAGGAAAUGCUGGGAGAGCUGUUUACCCCUGUGGAAACACCAGAUGCUCCAAACAGGGGGUUCUUUAAAGGGUUGUUUGGUGGUGGUGCCCAGUCACUGGACAGGGAAGAGCUUUUUGGUGAAUCUGUAGCGGGGAAAGCCUCGAGGAGCUUGGCCCAGCACAUCCCAGGGACUGGUGGAAUUGAAGGGGUCAAAGGAGCAGCAUCUGGUGUUGCAGGAGAGAUGGCAAGGGCCAGGAUAGCACUGGAUGAAAGAGGGCAGAAACUAAGUGAGCUGGAGGAGCGAACGGCGGCCAUGUUAUACAGUGCCGAUACUUUCUCUAAACAUGCUCAUGAGAUGAUGUUAAAGUGCAAAGAUAAGAAGUGGUACCAGUUCUGAACACCUCGAUCCAACGUUACUUAAAUACUUCAGCUGGAAGGAGGUUAUCCACAGAUGAUUCUCCCUCUUCAUUUAUUUCUGCAGGACAGGAGGUUCAUCUUUGAGUAUUGCUGUUUCCAAGCACAACUCAUAAACUCUUUCCCUCGGUCACAUUGCUUUAAACUGAGGAGGAAACUGAAAACUUGCAACAUGAAGGUGUUUUCUACUGUAGCUGUGGGUUGGUGCACAGUGUGGGACCUGAGCAGGGAACAAGGGGCAGUGCUGGAUUUUAUGUGUUAUUUCACACGCCAAAUGUUUUGUGCUAUUGUCUCUGGCAGUGUUUCACCCAUUAAAACUAUAAAUGUAAUACUGCAUUCACUCCGGAUGCCAGCAAAUGCAAAACAAGAGGAUAAAAACAUGUAGCAAAGUAUUGCAUAGAGAAUCCAAAUAAUGAUUUAUUUGCACAUUAUUUGUUUAUGUACUGAGCUAGGUGGGUGAUAAUGGUUUGCAGAUUGUCAACUCUGAUCAGAUAAUAUUUGUUUGUGUCCGAUAUUAGAUAAUGGUGUGUGUCCACUGGCUGGACGCAAUGAGUUUGGAUGAUAUUGUUUUGUGGUCAGUGCUGAUUGAUUGAUGCUGGUUUAUAUCUGCCGAUAAUGGAUGAAGCCAGCUUCUGCCUAAGACUGGUUGAAUGAAUAACAUUUUGGGGUGUGGUUUUUGUCUUAGCUGAUGAUUUUAGUUGAUUAUGGAUUCAUUUGAUGCAGAUAUUCCCUGUGUCGUUACUGCUUCAAAAAGCUUUUUGUAAUUAGAUUUUAUUGUGCCCCCACCUACUAUAGAUAAUUGUCAACAAUGCAAAUCCUUUGAGCUACAGUAACAACUGUUUUUAAAAUAAAUGAAUCAUCACUGGUUUGGAGUCACAUAACUAUGAUACAAAAACCUUAAUUCUCAAUAAUAGUAUUAUGGUGCCAGAUUAAAUAUACGUUAUUUAUUGUGCUAACUCCCAGCCUAGGUAACCAGAUCCUGUUGUUGAAUUGAUGCUGUCUGGUGGUAGUCUUACAUCUGUAGGAUAGUUUGGAGGACCAUGGAAGUAUUUUUCUCCCCUUGUUCUUCAAGGAACAACUCCAGCAACAACAGCAAGCAAUUUUCCUGGCAGAAAUCUAGUUGAAACCAAAGGGAAGAAGAUGGCAUUGUUGGCAUGGUUAAUGGAAUUGGAAGAAGAGCUGAAUCGGGAUGACUAUGAGAGUUAAUGGCAAAUUUGGCUGCAGUAGAAUAUAAGUUUCCUUUUGAAAACAUACUUAGUGCCACUGUAGAUGUAGAAUAUCCAACACAGAUAGAAUUUGAACAUAUUUUUAUUAAGUAAAAUCAGCUGCCAACAAGGGCUGGUUCUGAUUCCUGUUCAUAGUUACUGUACAUUAUUGGUGUAUUGUUGCAUUCCAUGUUACAGUACAUGAGAUGUUAUUUAGUGCAAUACUUUGGGAAUGCCCAUAUUUGAAGAUUAAAUAGAAUGUACCUGAAAAGGUUGGUUA